UGCCCUCUUCUCUCUCUCUCUCUCUCUCUUAAAUUAUCGCUUGUACUGAGAGGAAAGUUCGUAGUUUAAUUCCACCAAAUAUCCCUUUCUCUCUUCAUCUCUCUUCCCCACGCUCCGCCGUCGGUCCUCUCGAUCGGCACCGUUACUCGUCGUGUCGCUCCCCGGUUGUUGCCUCCAAGAAAAAUGAACGGGAAGGAUUUCCGAUUGGCUUUAGUGGGUCAGGAUUUCGUUUGAUUUUUUGAUCCCUUUUUUCCGCGAGAGAUUCCGUCGGUUUCUUCUUUCGCGCGAGCGGAAAAAAGCUCAGAGCUUGCUUUAGGGUUGCUGGGGGUGGGAAAUCAUCAUGGAGCCUCGCGUUGGUAACAGGUUUCGUCUCGGUCGGAAGAUCGGCAGCGGAUCGUUUGGAGAGAUCUAUCUCGGUACUAAUGUUCAAACAAACGAGGAGGUUGGAAUUAAGCUCGAAAAUGUGAAGACAAAGCAUCCUCAGCUGCUGUAUGAAUCAAAGUUGUACAAAAUACUUCAAGGAGGAACUGGAAUUCCAAAUGUCAAAUGGUUUGGAGUGGAAGGAGAGUACAAUGUUCUUGUGAUGGAUUUGCUGGGACCCAGUCUUGAAGAUCUAUUCAACUUCUGCAGUAGGAAACUGUCUCUCAAGACUGUUCUCAUGCUCGCGGACCAAAUGAUUAAUCGAGUUGAAUUUGUCCACUCCAAAUCGUUCCUACAUCGAGAUCUCAAACCUGACAACUUUCUCAUGGGUUUAGGGAGGCGUGCCAAUCAGGUCUACAUUAUUGAUUUUGGGCUAGCUAAGAAAUAUCGUGACACCUCGACUCAUCAACACAUUCCUUACAGGGAGAACAAGAAUUUGACAGGAACUGCAAGAUAUGCUAGCAUGAAUACUCAUCUUGGGAUUGAACAAAGCCGCAGGGAUGAUCUGGAAUCACUUGGAUAUGUUCUUAUGUAUUUUCUCAGAGGAAGUCUUCCUUGGCAGGGACUAAGAGCUGGAACUAAAAAGCAGAAGUACGAGAAGAUCAGUGAAAAAAAGGUGUCAACUUCUAUUGAGGCUCUAUGUCGAGGUUACCCUACCGAAUUUGCAUCCUAUUUUCAUUAUUGCCGGUCAUUGCGCUUUGACGACAAGCCAGAUUAUGCAUACCUGAAAAGACUAUUCCGUGAUCUUUUCAUUCGUGAAGGGUUCCAGUUUGACUAUGUUUUUGACUGGACUAUAUUGAAAUAUCAACAGUCACAGAUUGCUAAUCCUCCUACUCGCGCAGUUGGCCCCACUGCUGGACCUAGUGCUGGAAUGCCACCUACUGGUGCAAAUGCUGAUAGACAACAAGGUGGGGGUGGAGAAGAAAGUAAACCUGGCUGGUCUUCAAGCGAUCCUCGAAGGAGAACUUCCGGACCGAUUCUAAGCUCCGCAACUUUAUCCAAGCUAAAGAGCCCUCUCGUCAAUGAUGCCAAAGAUGCUCCGUUAUCUGGCUCUAACCAUAUGCGAACUAGCUCCUCUACUAGAAGACCUGCAAUAUCAAGCACUCAUGACUCUACACAAGCUGUACCUUCCACAGCAAGAAACAGCAACUCGAACAGUAAGAACUUGGAAUCCACUCUUAGAGGCAUCGAGAGCCUCCGGUUCAAUAACGAUGAGAGACUGCUUCACUAGGCCAAGUGAAAAAAGCCAAUCUCAAUCCCGAGAAAAUGCUUUGCCCUUCGCUGUAAAGCUGAGAUCUUUAUACUCCUGGUGAAUCGGACAUGGAACGGUCGAACUCCCUUGGCCGCGGUCGUUAUAUUGUCGCUUGGUUGCUGCUAACCUUGUGCAAACAGAUUAUGGUAUCUAAUUCCGUCGAUCGGUUUUUACUCUUCGAGUGGAUUCUAGGGAUCAAUGAUGGACCAUCUGAUGGAGCUCAUGAAUUCAUGUAUAGCAGUGAAUCUUUUCUAGAGUACCUUUUAUAGUUUUCAGAUCCAUAAAAUGCGACCAAAAGAAAGAGCCAAGACUAUUAUUGCUGCUGCCGAUGUACAUCCUCUUAAGUUUGAACUGUACUCUACUGCUCAGGUGAUCUCAACCUUCCUUUUCUCAAGGAGACCAGUGAAUCUGACUUUUUUUUAUGAUUCAAAAUGUGGCUGAAGUGCUUUCUUACUUCACAUCUUAAUGAGAAGCAAGUUUGGUUUUAAUUGCUGUUUAUCUUAUAGUUGCCCUGACCCACCCUCCUUGGACAAACCUUGCGGAGGAACCCUUAAGGUUUUCGGGGCAUUGGUUCUCACGAACGUUUGUGUUACUCAAGCCGAUAUUCUGGCUUCCGCUUCGUCCACAGCCGUUUCAUCCAAAUACUUAGUGGUCAUUGAUCUUUGGGAGUUGGAAGCUAAUUUGCUGUUUGACUGCAAUGUGCAAAGUUUCAUCCAAAUACUUAGUGGUCAUUGAUCUUUGGGAGUUGGAAGCUAAUUUGCUGUUUGACUGCAUUGUGCAAAGUUCAUUGUGCGUGAAAGUUUAUUGGCCAAGUACCUACUUCCAUCAAUGUAGCUCGACAGAUGGAUCAUAAUUCAGCCAUGGAUUGACAUGCAAAAAAGCUCCUUAACCCAUAAUUAUUCAUCAUUCUAGUUGUCAUGCUCUGGUUUUGGGACAAGGACAGUUAUGGAAAAGAGAUGAAAAGGGCGUCGAAUGAAUAUUCUUAGCUGGCCUUUCAAGCAUGGCCGACAACCGCAAAAAAUCUUCUCCAUGUUCCAGAGGAAACCGUUGAUUCUAAUCUGUUAAUGAAAGAUCGAAACUUUUCCACAAACCCUAAUCAUUGAUCUCUCAACCAUAUUAGUUUAAUAAAUGAAUAAGGAAAAUAGGGAAUAAAGUAAGGACAUUCUG